AUGUCUCUUGUUCUACAGGCCAUCUUUCUUCUUUGUGUGGCGUUUUCUGUUGUUAAAGCUGUCGAAGCUGCAGCACGACUCCUCACGAGGAAACGAAAUCGGAAACGAGAUGUCGAGCGGCCGCCCAGUCCCAUUGUCAAGCCUCUAUCCGGCGAGAAGAGCGUACCGUCUCAGGUAGCACUGAGAGACAAACCAAACGAUGUCGAGUCGGCCUCCCUACAAGAGCACAAGGAUCUGUACUACAAGUUGCAAAAUCUCGAGCGUUACCCCGAGAUCCUGCCGCGAUGCAGGGAUAUACUGAUCCAAAUGUUCGCCGAAACCCUCACGGAUGCGCAAGAACACCCCGAGACCGGCAUUCUGUCCAUAGAAUGCUAUACGCGGGAGAACCUUGCUGCGUUCUUGCGCAGUGAGAACGAUGGGACCACCGAACAAUGGGAGCAGUACGUUGCAAGGAGAAAAGGGGGGUCAGUGAGGGAGAUGUUCAAAGACAAGGAAGAAGCAGUGUGGUGGCUCAAACAAGCCGCGCCAGUAAAGUAUGUUGACGGCGCAUGGCUGGGCCACAUCAACAAGAUCUCGACUCCCUUUGCGCUACGCCGGUCCACCAAGGACGCUUGGCAGGUCAUGUCGGAGGAGUUGGGUGAUGGCGAUCUGGACAAGAAUCAUGUAACGGUUUAUCGCGACUUGAUGGAGGAGAUUGGGGCCGGACUACCUGAGGGCGAUACCCUUGACUUCAUACACCCACGGCAUGAUCUCAAUGAACCCCGCGUCUGGAAAGCAGCUCUCGCUCAAUUGCUCAUAUCCCUCUUCCCGCACGAGUUCUUGCCGGAGAUACUAGGCUUCAACAUGGCCUAUGAGGGCUUGCCACUGCAUCUUAUGAAGACCGUUAAGGAGCUCGAGGAACUGAAGCUCAACGCUUACUACUUCUUGCUCCACAUCGCCAUCGACAAUGCGGACAGCGGUCACGCCAGGAUGGCAAUGGAAGCAGCGGUUGGAUACAUAGAGCAAAUGCGGGAGAAAGGCGGAGACGCGGCAGCUCAACAAGCGUGGAAACGCGUACAAGCUGGUUUCGUUCUGGCCGAAGGUCUACCAACUACACCUCAGUCGCCGUCUCUCAAGCUACCCGCUGUCGAAUCUUUCCCCCGAAACGACCGCGAAGCCGAGGUUGUCAAGAUCUUCCAGGCCAAAGCACCCGUGGCGCACAAGAUCCACUGCAGCAGCAGGCUUAAGAUCGGCCGUCACAGCCUGGUCGACUGGCUCGAACCAAACGCGUUCGCUUCGAAGCAGUGGCAGAUGGAUUUCCUGGAUGAUCUCUCAAGCAUGAAACCUUGGGUACGGAAGGGCGACAGCAGUAACAGCCGGCUCAUCCAAGAGCUCUCCUGGGAAGGAAAAAUGUUUGGAUCCUUCACCCAGAGCGAGGUUGAGGUUGUCAAGGCUUGGAUUGACGGCCUUGGUGCUCCAGACAGCCGCAUCUACUGGUCCUUCGUUGGGCGGGACGCAGUUCCUUCGAGCGAAGCAUGUCAGAUGAACGACAUUCGCGAGGACUACCCGGUCCUGAAGCAAGUCCAGUCCUCAGAGGUUUCCUCGGAGCCCGUACCGCAGGAAACCCUUACCGCGACCGAUCUCUUCUCCCCCAACCCAACGAACAUCAACAGAUUCAUCCCUCUCUGGUUCGCCCAUCCUUGCCUCCUCGAAAACUUCGUCUCCAUCCCUGCGAAAGUAGCGAACAGCACCGGCUCCGCAGUCGUCCGCGUUCUACGUGCUCAAUCAGGCUUCGAGAAUGAAGGUCCAGGCGUAGCGGGCAUGGACGAAGUGCGCCGGCCGCAUACUGUCGGCCUAGUGGAACUCGGCUUAGAGAUGAUGCAGCGCGCGGGUCUGUCCGCACCGCGAUCUCUCAAGGAGGCACUUGCUGGUCGCGAUGACAGCUUCGCGAUCGAGAUGCUACAUGCGUCGAUGAAGCCCAUACAGAGCGCGAACUUCUUAAUUGGGAUGGCCUGGGCGUUUGUGCAGCUUCAUGAGGCGUUGACGGCGUCGAGCUUGCUGAGUGAGACGAGUCAGGAGGUGUUGCGGCAGAUCGCCCGGAGGGAGCGGGAUGGGUUGAGGGCGUGCUUGGAGGUCAUUGAGCAGGAUACACGGCAGUAUACUGAUUUCUCUAGGGGUUAUAGCCUUGGGAGGGCCGAGAUAGAGUUUUGCUUUACUCGUAGCUGA